UCAUCAUUUUCCAUGGGUGAUGAUUUAAUAACACUUUCACUUUGUGAACAUUCAAUCAUAACUGGUGGAACAUUUGGAUGGUGGACAGGUUAUCUUGCUAAUGGUGAAGUGAUCUAUGAUAAAGUAUAUCCAUCUGAAUGUGAAAGACGGGAAUAUUACUAUCCACCAUGGUUUCUGAUAGAUGGAAAGUUUAGAGCACGUAAAAAUAGUAAUUACACUUUGUGA